CACUUCUGGGUUGCGAUAUCCAUGGUCUUCUUUAUUGCUGCUACAGUGUUCACUCUUCUUAAGAUAUGUGGUGAUGUUGCUGCUCUGGGCUGGUGGGACUUAUUUAUUAACUUUGGCAUUGCAGAGUGCUUUGCCUUUCUUGUUUGUACAAAGUGGUACAAUCCAACAAUUCAUGGAAAAUGUUACAUUGACACAGCAGAUCCUAGCUCAUCAUCACUUUCAUCAUCAUUUACUAUAAGAUACCUGGACUGGGAUAGAGGUUUGGUGGUUCCUACGGAUGAAGAGAGGCAGCAAAGUAGCCUAUGCAGUCUACAGGACAUUGGUGGGCAUAUCAUGAAGAUUCCAUUCAUAGCUUUUCAAAUUCUGCUAUUUAUGCAUUUGGAGGGAACGCCACCUGCUGCCAGAACCAUGUCGAGUGCUGUUGUCUUUUCUCCCCUUUUUCUGUUGCAAGGAGCUGGGGUUUUAUUUGCGGCUUAUAGAUUAGUGGAGAAAUUAGUUCUCUUAGUUUACAGUGGAGAUGUUCCUGGAAGAUACUCUGAUGUAGCACUAAAAGCCCGUGAUUGUUUUGGAUUCUUGCACCAUGGCUCAAGGCUCCUGGGCUGGUGGUCAAUAGAUGAAGGAAGCCGAGAGGAACAAGCCAGGCUUUAUUGCGAUGGGGGUUCAGGGUAUAAUACUUUCUCCCCUGAUAUGGUGAAGAAAAUGCCUAAAGCGGAUCUUGUUGAGGAGAUCUGGAAACUACAAGCUGCCCUAGGUGAGCAGUCAGAGAUUACAAAAUUUAGCCAGCAGGAGUAUGAAAGACUCCAAAACGAAAGGAUCCUGUGUAGAGUUUGCUUUGAAGAUCAGAUCAAUGUCGUCCUGCUUCCAUGCAGGCAUCACAUUCUUUGCAACACAUGUGGUGAAAAGUGCAAGAGGUGCCCUAUCUGCCGUGUCUCCAUUGAAGAACGAAUGCCUGUAUAUGAUGUAUAGAUUCAAUACGCACACUGAUUGAAGCGAUGUAGCUGUCUCACAUACGCAGUCUUGCUUUUGUUUUUAGAUGAGGCAAGCACAGAGACUACGGAUGCUGGUUUCUCUGCUCAUAGGUUUGUUCAGUAUCAACAGCUGUGUAUAGCUUCCCAGAGUUAGAAGUCUUUAACUUUUUAUCCUCUGUAAAGUCUGUUUCUUGCAGUCGCUUUCAUAAAUGGUGUGGAAAACUUCACCAUUUUCAGUGCUAACUCGUACGGUGUCAUCUUGAUUUUUAGUAUGGAAAAUAGAGUUGGCAAGUUAAUGAUGUAAGCCAUGUAGAGCCCUUUUUAUUUGCCAAUGUUCAAAGGCAUUCCUGGUUCGCCUGUGAGGCUCAUAUCGCUUAUCAUCGUUUUUAAGUCACUAUCAUUACUCAAAGGCACCCGAGCUUGGAUUCUCAGUGUGGCUUUCAAAUUAAUACAAGUUCUCAACUUCCAAGAGAAA